AUGCCUUAUCCCCACUACCACUUAGCUCACUGGCACCGACGCCCAAGUCGUUUUCUCUGGUUCUUCAUCGGUGCUGGAACCGCUACCUGGUGGAUACUUCACAAGGACGCCAAUGCCUACCACCGACACGGCUUCUUUGGACAUUGUAGACGUCCCCAGCUUCCCCCACCUGACAACGGCGGCACCAUGAACCCAGAUGCUUCUUGGCCUACGCCUGACUCACGGAACGAAUCAAGGAACGCUCCAGCAUGGGGCGUCCCAUUCGAAAGGGCAGCCCAGUGGGAUGCGCCUGACAAGGAGAAAAUGGCACCCUUUUCUCGUCAGGCUGUUGACACAGCAACGGAAUUAACCGAAGCUGCACUGGAAUCGAUCUUGAGCACCGCCGAGUCUUUAAAGGCGAAACUUGUUGCACAUCGUGUCCACCGCGAGCAGCAGCAAAACUUGUAUGAACAACGACAACCCGAUGACCAACCAGCAAACCCCUCCUCUCAGACCGUAUAGCUUGAGUAUUAAGGACGUAAAGCAACCCCACUCAUAUCCAACUCUUCGUUUUAUUUUGUACACAGCAGAUCCGUAAAGAUACUAUUUAAUAAAGCAUCCCACUUUC